UCGAUCUGGACGUAUCUUCUUCUUCUUCUUCUUCUUUCUCAUCGCAUCCUCAUCGUCGUCCUCGUCCUCGUCCUCUCCUCUCACAAACUCAGGGUGUGUGUUUGUAUAUUUGCUCACGGUGGUGCUGGUGGUGGAUGUAUGGUGGAAUUCUGACUGGAAUAUGGAUCAGUAUUGGGGCGCGCGCGCGCGCGGGAAACGCGUGUUCGUUCGAGAGUACGAGUCAAGCCGCUUUGGCUUUGGAACACUUCCAACGCUCGUCGCGCUUACUUCCAAACGCGCACGCUCAGCAGUCUCUUGCCUCUUGGUGUGGAUCGCCUCUUGGCGGUUUCUUGCUUCGAGAGCAGCGCGGGUGGUUUUUGCUAGGACGCUGGGACCGAACUUCCAUUUUCGUUGUGAUCGCCGGCGGAUCGCCGUGUUGGAUCUACUGGUGGCCGUGGAUCUGGUGCUCUUUAUCUCGUGGCUACUCCACACAAAACCUAUUGCUUCAUCUUAACUGCAGGCGGCGGCGACGAGUUGGCGAGUUCGAGUGGCGAACAUUGAAAAGCACACAAGGUGGUGGUAUCGAGUAGUGGUCGUGCUUUGCGUGCGUGCGUUCGUAUUGUCGCGUGAGUAAGGGCACGCACGCGCGCCCGCGCACGUGUGUGUGUGUGUGUGUGAGUGUAGUGUGAGGAAAGGAAAGGGCUAGGAAGGCGGUAACGGUUACGGACCGACGGAUGCGGCACGAUGGAGUGGUUCUGGCUGCGCUACUGGUGGCAGCUAGUGGAGCGCCGGGACCUUCUUCGUGCGCGUCUGCAGCAGCUGGAGCAGGAGAUCGAGGAUCGCCAAACACAACAACAACAACAACACCAGACAGGCGACGACAGCCUCGAGCGUGAUACGGUGGGCACCGGUGACCACCACGGGUGGCCAGCGGUGGAGGAACAGAAAGAGGAGCAGCAGCAGGCAAACGGGAACGGUGGUGGUGGUGACCACUAUGACGACGACGACGAGUACAAGGAGCUGGGAGCGGAGCACGUCGACCUGCAGGAGGAGCUGCAUCGUUGCUGGAGGCAUUGGGCGAGCAUGCAUGGUGAUCUGGACAUAACCGAUGGGCUCGAUUCGGACGACUCGUCCACCUCCGGCAAGCAGGUGGUGGUGGCCGUCUGCGCCAUGUCGAAGAAGUCGCAGUCGAAACCGAUGAAGGAGAUCCUGACGCGCCUCCAGGAGUUCGAGUACAUCCGGAUGGUGGUGAUCGGCGAGGAGAUCAUCCUGCACGAACCGGUGGAGCACUGGCCGCUGUGCGACUGUCUCAUCUCCUUCCACUCGAAGGGCUUCCCGCUCGACAAAGCCAUCCAGUACGCGCAGCUGCGCCAACCCUACGUCAUCAACAAUCUGCACAUGCAGUUCGACAUACAGGUAGAUCGUCGCCGGGUGUAUGCCAUACUCGAGCACGAAGGGAUCGAGAUACCGCGGUACGCGGUGCUCGAUCGGGAUUCACCGGAUCCGAAGCAGCACGAGCUGGUCGAGUCGGAGGACCACGUUGAGGUGAACGGGAUCGUGUUCAACAAACCGUUCGUGGAGAAGCCGGUAUCGGCCGAGGACCAUAACAUCUACAUCUACUAUCCGACGUCGGCGGGCGGUGGUAGCCAGCGGUUGUUCCGCAAGAUCGGCAGCCGGAGCAGCGUCUACUCGCCGGAGUCCCGGGUCCGCAAGACCGGCUCGUUCAUCUACGAGGACUUCAUGCCGACGGACGGCACGGACGUGAAGGUGUACACGGUCGGACCGGACUAUGCGCAUGCGGAGGCCCGCAAAAGCCCGGCCCUCGAUGGGAAGGUCGAGCGGGACAGCGACGGGAAGGAGAUCCGCUACCCGGUCAUCCUGAGCAACGCCGAGAAGCUGCUGUCGCGCAAGGUGUGCCUCGCGUUCAAGCAGACGGUCUGCGGGUUCGAUCUGCUGCGCGCCAACGGCAAAUCGUUCGUGUGUGACGUGAACGGGUUUAGCUUCGUGAAGAACUCGAACAAGUACUACGACGACUGUGCCAAGAUACUGGGCAACAUGAUACUGCGCGAGCUCGCACCCCAGCUCCACAUCCCGUGGUCCGUACCGUUCCAGCUGGACGAUCCACCGAUCGUACCGACGACGUUCGGCAAGAUGAUGGAGCUGCGGUGCGUGACCGCCGUCAUACGGCACGGCGACCGGACGCCGAAGCAGAAGAUGAAGGUCGAGGUGCGGCAUCAGAAGUUUUUCGACAUUUUCGAAAAGUACGACGGCUACCGGUACGGGCACAUCAAGCUGAAACGGCCGAAGCAGCUGCAGGAGAUACUGGACAUUGCCCGGUCGCUGCUGGCGGAGAUACAGACCAAGGCGGCCGAUUCGGAAAUCGAAGAGAAGCAGAGCAAGCUGGAGCAGCUGAAGAGUGUACUGGAGAUGUACGGCCAUUUUUCCGGCAUCAAUCGAAAGGUGCAGAUGAAGUACCAACCGAAGGGUCGACCGCGUGGCUCUAGCUCAGACGAUGGUAAAAGUGAUUGCACAGAUGCACCAAAGGAACCCUCGUUGGUGCUGAUCCUGAAGUGGGGCGGUGAGCUGACACCGGCCGGGCGCAUACAGGCGGAGGAGCUGGGCCGCUUCUUUCGCUGCAUGUACCCCGGUGGCCAGAGCCGGCAUCCGGGCGUGAACGAGGAGGGCCCGGGUGCGCAAGGGCUGGGGUUGCUGCGUCUGCACUCCACCUUCCGGCAUGAUCUCAAGAUAUACGCGUCGGACGAGGGCCGCGUGCAGAUGACGGCGGCGGCCUUCGCCAAGGGGCUGCUGGCGCUCGAGGGCGAGCUGACGCCCAUCCUGGUGCAGAUGGUGAAGAGUGCCAACACCAACGGGCUGCUGGACAACGAUUGUGACUCGAGCAAGGUGCAGAAUAUGGCGAAGGCGCGCCUCCACGAGCUGAUGCAGAUCGAUCGGGAGUUUACGGCCGAGGAUCGGGCCGCCAUCAACCCCGGUAACGCCAUCAGCAUCAACCUGGCGAUGAACUUCGUGAAGAACCCGGUGCAGUGCUGUGCCCGCGUUCACUCGCUGAUCCGCUCGCUGCUGGCGGUGGUCGCCGUCAAGUGCGAGGACCCGAAGACGCGCGACUCCGUGCUGUACCAUGGCGAGACGUGGGAGAUGAUGGGCCGCCGGUGGGGCAAAAUCGAGAAGGAUUUCUGCACCAAGAGCAAGAGCUACGACAUCUCCAAGAUACCGGACAUCUACGACUGCAUCAAGUACGAUCUGCAGCACAACCAGCACACGCUGCAGUUCGAUCAGGUGGAGGAGCUGUACAUCACGGCCAAGUACCUGGCCGACAUUGUCAUUCCGCAGGAGUACGGGUUGACGGUGCACGAGAAGCUGACGAUCGGGCAGGGCAUCUGUACGCCGUUGCUGAAGAAGAUACGGGCCGAUCUGCAGCGUAAUAUCGAGGAGGCGGGCGUAAACCGGCUGAAUCCGCUGUACAGCUACGGCGUGUCGAGCCCGGGUCGCCACGUACGGACCCGGUUGUACUUCACGAGCGAGAGCCAUGUGCACUCGCUGCUGACGGUGCUGCGGCACGGGCUGAUCAACCAGUUGACCGACGAGCAGUGGCGCCGGGCCAUGGAGUACGUAUCGAUGGUGUCCGAGCUGAACUACAUGGCUCAGAUCGUCAUUAUGCUGUACGAGGAUCCGAUGAAGGACGUGGAGGCCGAGGAUCGCUUCCACGUCGAGCUACACUUCAGCCCGGGCGUCAACUGCUGCGUGCAGAAGAACCUACCACCGGGGCCUGGCUUUCGGCCGCAUAGCCGUAACGAUUCCGUCACCUCCAAGAACGCGAGUGGUGACGAGGAGCCAACGUCCCGCAUUGACGAGGAGAACGAUACGGAGGAAGAAGGAAGCUCGCUAUCCAACAGUGCCUCGCUGCAUCACACCCCAAUCAAGCUGCUCUGCCGCGGCGAGCAGCAGGACACCGGUGGUUCUUCGAGCGCCGGUCUCGUCCACGGUUCGCACAUGAAGGAGCGCCGCACGCGAAAGGUGAAAUCCUCCUCACCGAUUCCGAUCGGCUCGUCCCACACGGUGUCCGGUCACGAAGCAAUGGAUUUAGCGAAACGUUUGAGUGAAGAGCUGGCGGCGCAACAGCAACAGCAACAGCAGCAGCUGCUGCUCAUGCAACAAUUACAACACCAACACCAACAACAGCAACUGCAGGAGCAGCAGCACCAGCAAAGCGGUUCGUUAGGGACGACGUUCGGUGUUUUGGGAAAGCAACAGCAGCAAUUGCAGCAACCGCGUUCCGUUAGCCCAGACACCGAACCGCGGGCUCGCUCUUUCGAGCAUCCGCAACCGGUCGCACCGCAUCACCAGCAUGCGCGUCAUGCGCAUCAUCAUCAUCACCAUCAUCAGCAGCAGCAGCAACAGCAACACCACCAACACCAUCAUCAUCACAACCACCAACACCACCACCACCACCACCCGCUCCAAGCGAAUCAGCAUCAUCACCGUCCGUGUGUGAGAGCCCAUCGCACGAAAUCCGCAGCCGAACAUCCUUACCAUCACCGUAGUGAUGGUCGCGCGGUCUCGGAUUCUUCGCAGCAGCAGCAGCAGCAGCACCACCACCACCACUACCACCACCAGCAGACAGAUGGUGAAGCGGCUGAGCGGCCGUCUCAGCCGGUGGUCUCAGCAUCGGAAUCGGGAAGGGCCGAGGAACGACACGCUAGCGGCCCGGAAAAUGAACCAACAGAAGUAGAAGAGGAACAGGAGGAGGCGAAGGAGGAAACGUCCAGGCCUCCACCAACACUGUACCUGGGCCCCCCCGAGUCGUCGUACAGCUGCGACUCGAUCAGCGAGUUUACACCGAACCCGGAGGAUCAGGAGCUGUACGUUUCCUCUUUCUCCGAGUCCGAGGAGGAGGAUGAGGAGGAGGAGGAGGAUGAGAAGGAAGAGGAGAUGGAAAGAGAGAGGAGCAGGGACGGGGAGGAGAAGGAUGAUGCUAUUAGCUAUUCGCGGUACUACAGUGCCCU